UUGCGGCGCCGAAUCGUCACGCGAGUUUCUUUUGCCGCCCUUUCUCCCCCAUGACGUGUAGCGGCUCCUCCAUGAGAGGAAAUAGCCGUUAGGAAGCGCAGCCGUUGCUGUCAAGCCUCCCCCCGCUCAGUAGUUGGUGUAUUCCGUGUUCGCAUUAGAGAGGGGGAGCUGGACAGCUCCAUCGCUGGAGGAGAGGGUGGGGGGACAUGGCGCCUCCGGCUUUCCUCAGGAAACGCGGGUUCGCGCGGUGUGCUGACCUACCGCCUCGUUCACCUUUCCGGGCAGGCGAUGCCGUGGCUUGAUGGAGAGCGGCGGGGUCGCCGUGAAGAGGCCGCGAGGACGGCGCAGGAGGAGCGGCAGGGCGGCUUCGGCGGGCAAAAGGAGCCGGGGCCGGGCUUGCUCCCACUCGCCGCCGCCCUGCAAGAAGCUGGGGAGCGGGGAGGCUCCGGAGGACCCAGAACACACCGAGUAUAAUGGCAGUGAAGAUGACAUGUUUGGGGACUAUGACAGCUUUUCUGGCAACACCUCUUUGUUAGCUGAAAUAGAUUUUGUAGAGCAAAGACAUGGGCAGCCUCCUGACUUUGUUUUGGAUUCAAAAAGCCUAGGGAACAAAACUGCUGUCCAGCUACAGAGUACCAACAGUGUCGAACAGACAUUUUCAUUUGCAGAAUGUGUUACUAGCAUCAGGAGUGGAACAGAACAUGAUUUCUUGAGAACUACAAAAGAACAGCAUGAUAGCUGUCUCAAGCUUCAAGAUGGUGAUGUUCUAGAAAGCCUCCCAUCAUCACAGCUUUUAUUUCUUAAACAGUCAGAAGAGUGUUUUGUUGGCCCUAACACAACAGCAGAUAAAAAACAAAGAGACUACCAUGUGAAUGGCUGCCUUGAUAAGACCUCAGAUCAAUCUCACUGCCAUGAGACAGAAGAUUAUAAAAACGAGAGCAAACCAUCUACAAGUACUUUGCCUGACCCAAGCAGGAGGAAGAGCCUUAAAGAUCUUCUCAAAAGUGCAAUGACUGGGAAUGCAAGAGUUCCAACCUCGUUGGUGUCUAAAAGUAAAGAACUCAAGGCAGUUGCUGUAUCUGAAGAGACUGGUCUUGCUGAGAAAACAACUGAUGCUGCAUUUGUUGAUAUUGGUCCUUUUUAUGGCUUACCCACUAAAGUCAAGGAGCUACUGGUAAAGUUUCGAGGAAUUGAAAACCUUUAUGACUGGCAGCAUGAUUGCUUAACACUAGAAUCACUGAAACAGAGAAAAAAUUUAAUAUACUCCUUACCAACCAGUGGUGGAAAAACACUUGUAGCUGAAAUUUUAAUUCUUCAAGAAUUGCUGUGCAGACAAAUGGAUGUUUUAAUGAUACUUCCGUAUGUGGCAAUAGUUCAGGAGAAGGUUGGAAAUUUAUCAAGUUUUGGAAUGGAACUAGGUUUUCUGGUUGAAGAAUAUGCAGGAAGUAAAGGAAAAAUUCCCCCAGUCAAAAGAAGGCUAAAGAAAUCCCUGUAUGUUUCUACUAUUGAGAAAGGACACAGCCUGGUGAAUUCCUUAACAGAAAAUGGACGAAUCUGUGACUUGGGUCUAGUUGUAGUUGAUGAGUUGCACAUGAUUGGAGAAGGAAGUCGUGGAGCUAUUCUAGAAAUGACACUUGCAAAGAUUCUCUAUGCAAGCAAAACUACACAGAUCAUUGGAAUGAGUGCAACUUUAAGCAAUGUUGGAGACCUGCAACAGUUUUUGAAAGCAGAAUACUACACCAGUAAUUUCAGACCAGUGGAAUUAAAAGAAUAUGUUAAAAUACGAGACAGCAUCUUUGAAGUUGAUAACACAGCAGAAAAUGGCUUUACAUUUUCACGUCUCCUUGAUUACAAGUAUUCUAGUAGCCUGCAGAAGAUGGACCCAGAUCACCUUAUUGCCUUGGCGACAGAAGUUAUUCCCAAGUUCUCCUGCCUCAUCUUUUGUCCCACUAAAAAGAACUGUGAAAAUGUAGCAGAAACAAUAUGCAAGUACCUGAAGAGAGACUAUAAAACCCUCAGGGAGAGAGAAAAACGGGACCUUAUUGAAGAUUUAACGAACAUUUGUAAUGGAAGACUUUGUCCAGUACUGAAGCGAACAAUUCCUUUUGGAAUUGCCUAUCACCACAGUGGCCUGACUAGUGAUGAAAGAAAACGAAUCGAAGAAGCAUAUUCUUCAGGGGUCCUCUGUCUCCUUACUUGCACGUCUACCCUUGCCGCUGGUGUUAACUUGCCAGCUCGAAGAGUCAUCUUAAGAGCUCCGUACGUUGCUACAGAAUUCAUGAAGAAGAAUCAGUAUAAGCAGAUGAUUGGCAGAGCGGGUCGUGCUGGCAUCGACAGUGCUGGCGAAAGCAUUCUUAUAGCCCAAGAGAAAGACAAACAGCUGGUUCGAAACUUGGUACACAGCCCUUUAGAAAGCUGUUCCAGCAGCCUCUUGCUCGAGUGCGACAGAGGAAUCCGAAGCCUGGUCCUGUCUUUAAUUGGCUUGAAGAUAGCAGCAACCCCUGAAGAAGUGUACCACUUUAUGUGCAGUACUUUGUUUAGUGUCCAGCCCCAGCUUCUCCCUAAAGAAAAGAGCCUUUGGGAUGUAACUGAGGAAGCGUUGCAGUGGCUGAAACAAAAUGGGCUCUUAAAAGAGAGAGCAAGUUGUGACAACGAGCCCCAUUUUCAUCAUCAUCUAGAGAUCACUCGCUUGGGUCAAGCUGCUUACAAAGGUUCUAUCGAUCUGGCAUAUUGUGAUACCCUCUAUGCAGACCUUAAGAAAGGGCUUGAGGGGCUAAUCCUUGAAAGCUGCCUUCAUUUACUCUACCUGACAACGCCGUAUGAUAUGGUUGCCCAAUGCAGCCCAAAUUGGAUGAUCUAUUUUAAACAGUAUAAUCAACUAACUCCAGUAGAACAGCAAGUAGCAGCUACUGUUGGAGUGCCAGAGAGUUUUAUUGCUAAAAAGGCUUCUGGACAAGCAAUCAGGAAGGAUGUGGACAGCAGCAUUGCCAGUAGACUGUACUUGUCUUUCGUCCUUCAUGCUCUGUUAAAAGAGACCAACAUAUGGAGCGUGGCAGAAAAAUUUAACACAUCACGCGGAUUUGUUCAAACCCUUCUUAAUUCAGCUGCUUCAUUCUCCUCCUCGGUUCUGCAUUUCUGUGAGGAACUAGAUGAAUUUUGGGUUUAUAAAGCUCUCUUGGCAGAAAUUAGCAAGAAGUUGACCUAUUGUGUUAAGGCAGAGCUCAUUCCUCUUAUGGAAGUGACAGGAGUUUUGGAGGCCCGAGCCAAGCAGCUCUACAGUUCAGGGUAUAAAACUUUAGCACGCUUGGCCAAUGCAAAUCCAGAAGUUCUGGUGAAGACUGUUCACCGUUUAUCCAGACGUCAGGCUCGGCAAAUUGUUUCGUCGGCAAAGAUGCUCCUGGCUGAAAAGGCAGAGGCUUUACAAGAAGAGGCUGAAGAACUGCUGCGAAUACCCGUGGAUAUUCCUUGAAGCUUCCUCAUCACUGUACAGGAUGAACUUGUAAAAUCAAAUAAUUAUUUUACAACCUGAUGAAUUUUUGUAUGUUGCUGUGUGUAUAUAUAUGUAACUAAGCUUAAUUUGGUAAUAAAAAUU